AUGACUAGACGUUCAAAAAGAAAUCAUGAAUCUGUUGGGAUGAGUGAACAAGAAUCUUCAAGCAAUUUGUUAAGACCAAAUAAACGGAGAAUGAGAAAUUCAGAUAUAAUUAUUAAAAAUGAAGAUGUGGAGAAUCCAAUACCUGAUACGAGGGGCCGAAACUAUCCAUUAUACCUUCUUCCUCCACCUCGUAGAAAUAUAAAUUCCCCUUCCACCCAAUGGACAGAAAAUUUAAACAACUUUAACGACACAACCUUUUCUACGCCUAUGCAAUUUUUCACAGAUGGACACAACACUGGUGGAGUAACUUUGCGUCCUAUUUGUUUACCUCCUGAACACUCUACACAUGGUGGAAUAACUUUACCUCCUAUCCGUUCAGUACUACCCAUCGAUCUUGAAAACUUUGGUAGUAGUAUAGGUCGGUUUACAGACGACGGUAUUGAAGUAGUUGACUUGACAUCUUCAAGUCCCGAAAACUUUGUAAUCGACCUUACCUCAUCUCCAAAUGUCCAUUCUCGCUCGGAAGUAAUCGUGAUUGAUGAUGAUGAUUCUCCAACAGAAAAUAUUUCAUCAUCCACGGCUUCAUCAUCACAGAAAGGUCUUCUACUUAAAUGCUCAAUUUGCCUUGAUCAUCCAAAGGAUACGUCCGGUAACAAAAAAGCAGAUCAGGCACCUGGAAUUCAAGGUGUUGUCCGUAAACGGCUAACGGUCU